AUGGCCUCAAGAAUGCUGACCCUAGGUCUAUGUGCUCUCAUCGGGUCCGUUAUUGCACACGGACAUCACGGCGAGGAAGAACACACUCCAGAGCCCUUCAUCGGCUGGACGAGAGAAGAUCUAGAUGCCAAAUGGGGGACGGACUGGGGAUUCAGUGGCAUCUCGACUUUUGCUCACCUCGAGCACCAACGCUGUCUGCAGUACCCCGAUACCGAAUACGACAUUGCUAUCCUAGGGGCUCCAUUCGAUACAGCGGUCACAUAUCGUCCCGGUGCGAGAUUUGGCCCCAAAGCUAUUCGCUCAGCAAGCGCGAGACAGACUGCUUUCCGAGGUUACAAUCCUCGUGCAAACUUGAACCCCUAUACCAACUGGGCGAAGAUCAUAGAUUGUGGCGAUAUUCCUAUAACGCCCUUUGACAACGCGCUUGCCCUCAGGCAGAUGACGGAAGCCUUCACUAACUUGGCCUACUCCAAAGCCCCAAAGAUCAAUGCAGAGUCCACAACUCCAUAUCGCAGGACCCCAAAACUAGUGACGCUAGGUGGAGAUCAUUCAAUCGCUCUGCCAACGCUUCGCGCUCUCAAUAGGAUAUAUGGAAGUGUAGCCGUCGUGCAUUUCGACGCGCACUUGGAUACUUGGCAUCCUGCAAAGUACCCAUCGGCAUGGCUUGAUGACGAUCUCACCGAAUAUCAGCAGAGCUUCUUCACGCAUGGCACCAUGUUCUGGGUGGCACACAACGAAUCUCUUCUUCUACCGAGCAAAUCCGUACACGCAGGCCUAAGAACCAGACUCUCUGGAGUCGAAGAUUACGAAGACGACGAUGCACAGGGCUGGUCACGUUUCUCCGCAGAUGACAUGGACGACAUUGGCGCCAAAGGCAUUGCUGAGAGGAUCAUCAAGCACGUCGGUACCGACACUCCCGUCUAUCUUUCCAUUGACAUUGAUGUCAUUGAUCCCGGUCUUGCUCCUGGAACUGGUACCCCUGAGCCCGGUGGCUGGACGACUCGAGAACUGAUUCGAGUUCUCAGAGGUAUCGAGGGGUUGAAUGUUGUUGGUGCGGACGUGGUAGAGGUCUCGCCGAGUUAUGAUGGCAGUGGAGAGACCACAGCUUUGGCGGCUGCGCAAGUUGCCUUUGAAAUCCUGACGAGCAUGGUCAAGCGAGGGUUGAGCAGCACUGGGAAAGAGGACAACAUCAAGCAGGAGCUGUGA